ACUUCCCCAGUGGGUGGAGUGGGAGGCUCUAGGUGGCUGCUUGGCUGGGUAUGCUGUGGAGAGGGAGCAUGUGCAUGGGUAUAGAUAUGUGUUGGUCCCCCCGCCCCAUUCUUUCUCAACACACAUACUGGCUCCUGUGGUCUCAGGCCCUCUCCCAGUGUCUCUGCCUGUAAUUAACCAAGCACAUUAAUGGUAGUUUUGUUUUCCCUGUAAGCUGUCCACUAAUUGCCUCUGAGAGCCCUUCCUUCUGCCAGCCCAUCCCUACUUUACUGGAUCUCCCCUGUCCCUGAAGUGUGGUUGGGGUCAGAAGAGGGACUAGGACUGGGGGGUCCUCAGAAGAGACUUGUUGACAGGGGUGGGUAUGUAAGAGAUGCAGGGCAUUCUGGGAACCUGGGUUCUGUUUCUUAGCUAAGGUGAGGUUCAAAACGGAGCCAGCCUCCAGUGCCUGCCUGCUUUCCUUUCAGAGCUCAGGAUGAGUGACUGCCCCUCAGUGGGGGUGCUUGGCAGGUGGGGGAGGGGAAGAGGCUUCAGGGCAGGAGGCUCAAUCGCUUUUAUUGACUCCACCUGGGUGAUGAAAGGUGAUCAAUGAUGAUCGAUGGAAAUGACGGCCUGAGGCUUGGGGCUGUGAGGGCACCCAGAGAGCAGUGGUCAGCCCGUCCUUGUGCCUCCUUUAACCCUGGCUGCCUUUUUGUCUCAGACCAUCUGUCUGUCCCCAGUACUAACCAUCAAACCUAGGGCUAGCUAUCUGAAAGUACUCCCUGUACUUGGUCCCAAAGGCUAGUUGGAGUAGACGCAAACAGAUUCUUCUGGACCAUAGUCCACAAUGAAAAACUGGAAAAAGAUGGACAAAGAUGGACAGGCUCAAUCCAUAGGGUCAAGAAUCCUUGUCUCAGGGCUUUGGGUGAAGGUUGGGGUUGGAGGUGCAGGCUGGAUCCUCAUGGAAGGUAUAAAGAAGUCAGUUGGUCCAGAGCCCAGGCAUCAGGUCUCCAGUUUGAAGCCCUUCAUGUGUCUUUCCUUCCUCACAGGUGCCCUUUGGGGAAGUGAGCAUGGUCCGGAACUGGUUGGGCAUUGGGGGGACUGUGCUGACCCCUCCCCAAGAGCACCCUAAGCGACCAGUGCUGGGACUGGAGUGCCCACAGUCAGAAGUGAGUGGUGCCCGAUUCUGGGGCUUUUUCCAGAACCUCUGUGGACAGCCUGACGUCUUCUUCCAUCACUGCUUUGUCCACAAUCUAUGCCCUCUGCUUUUCCUGGCUCCCAGUGGGCGCAACCUCACCCCUGCUGAGCUGCCUGCCAAGCAGCGAGAACAGCUUCUUGGGAUCUGUGAUGCAGCCCUCUGCAGGCAGGUGCAGCUGCUGGGGGUGCGGCUGGUGGUGGGAGUUGGGCGACUGGCAGAGCAGCGGGCACGACGGGCUCUGGCAGGCCUGAUGCCAGAGGUCCAGGUGGAAGGGCUCCUGCAUCCCUCUCCCCGUAACCCACAGGCCAACAAGGGCUGGGAGGCAGUGGCCAAGGAAAGACUGAAUGAGUUGGGGCUGCUGCCACUGCUGUCGAAAUGAGUGCCCCUGGGACUUGGCAUGGGACACAUUCAAGACCUCGAAGUCAUUCUUGGGCAAGCAGAUGACAACACAUCUCUUGGACUGGAGCGAAGGGUCCUCCUGUGCUCCCUGGUCGCUGGGAAACGUAUUCUUUGAUAUGUUGAACUGUCUUCCAACCAGCCGUGGCAGUUUUGACACUACUCCGGUUUGCCCUCCUGAUUCCUGCUUUCUUUUUUUGAGACAGAGUUUUGCUCUGUCACCCAGGCUGGAGUGCAGUGGCUCGAUCUCGGCUCACUGCAACCACCACCUC